AUGACCGACCUUGGCACUUACCAAGCCCUCACGCAGCAUUUGGCAAAAUCAAACUAUGCAUUUGUGUGCCCUUCCCCAGAGACGCAGGGCAGGGUGGUAGAAAAAAGACGUUCAAAUGCGUCGACGGAGCACGCACAGAACGCAUACGAUUUCUUUGGAUGGAACUUACCUUGCACACGAGAAACACUCAAGUCGAUACUACCAGAUGCUGUAUUUGAAAGUCUGUGCAGAGUAUCAGCCAUCAUCCAGGACAAUGCCACGGAUUACCGCUCCACCAUCCGCGUGUCGAAUUUCUAUCUACCCAACCCCUUGAGUCGCGAUCCCGCCACCACUUCGCUCUACUACAUCCACUCUUCUUUCCCCGCAUCCUCGGAUUCCGUCUUCUUCGGCCCAGACACAUACCUCUUUGUGUCGUUCCUACAAACCAUACCGCGCCAUCUACCGCAAGCACCGAGGUCGGUAGUAGAUGUGUGCUGCGGGUCUGGUGCUGGCGCAAUACACAUGGCAAGAAGGUACCCUCGGGCAAAGGUGGCGGGCCUAGAUCUAAAUCCCCAUGCAUUGGGCUUGGGCGGUGUCAACGCACAUCUAGCAGAAGUAAAAGUCGCUUUUGCAGAGUCAAAUCUGUAUGCUAUGUUACCUAAGGAGAUGAAAGCACAUGGUGUUGAUCUCAUUGUGAGCAAUCCGCCAUACAUUGCCUCUAGCGUCGACGGCGAGGAUCUCCCCAUCUACGCCGAUGGCGGCGCUGGAUUUGGCCUGGACAUAUCAAUACGUAUUGUUGAGGAAGGGAUGGACCUCUUGUCACCAACUGGAGUCAUAGUCGUGUAUACGGGCGUGGCGAUACCGACGGCGGAUCCCGGGCAAGACGCCUUCUUGGAGAAACUGAAACACGUCAAUGACUGCGAGCUGCUCGAAUACUCGAUCCUACAUCCAGACAUGUGGCCCGAAGAGAUAGGAAAGGGUGCAUAUGCUGAUGUGUGCAGAAUACAGGUCGUGGGUGCGGUGUUGCGUCGGAAGACGUAG